UCCAAAGGUAUUGUGCUUGCGUACAUAAGUCAGUUAUUAUUCAAAGAAAUGUAUUAAUUAGGCAAAUACAAGAUACUUCAACAAAUUAAUCAUUUUUAAAAGCCACAAAGGUCAUACACUUACAGAUAGGCCAUAUUUUUCAUUAGGUGUUUCAUAACUUUGAUGCUAUUUAAGGAAUACGUAAGUAUAUAAGUUAACAAUUGGAAAAUUUCCAUAUACCAUUCGAAACGUGAAUAAAGAGCAUCAAAAAUGAAGUGCAUUGUCCUAUUCACCCUGCUGUUGGUCUCAAUGACCGCUGCCAUAAAUGUGAGCCCCGAAAAGAUAGAAAAGUGGGAAAACGCGAUCCAACCGCACGUUGAGAAAUGCAAAUUGGAGUCAAACGUUGAUCCUGUUUACGCAGAUAGGAUGAAGUACUUAGAAUUUCCCAAAGAUCAGAAGUUUUAUUGUUACAUGAAAUGUUUGUACAACGAGGCUGGUGUUAUUGACGCGGAAGGACACGUCAAUGUUGAAGAAUUGGCAAAAAAGUUUAGUUUUGGAAAUUUAGAAGCGGCAAAGAAAUGUGAAGAUAAAGUCGAAACAGAAAAGCGUCUUUGUGAGCAAGCAUAUGAACUCCUCUUAUGUACUGUAGAAGCGGUUUCUGAAUGAUGUACGACCAAUUAUGUCAUAGCUUGAACGUUUUUGCAAUAAAUAUCUUCGUUGCCUUGUUAGA